ACAGGAUUUAGAUGAAUUUAAAAAAGAGCUAGAGUCUAAGAAAAAUCGUAAAUUUCAGGAAAAAUGUAUCCUAAUAGCUCAAGCACAAGAAGCCCAACAUCGGUUUCAUAAUACUAGCUGGUAUAAGGAUGUUAAAAAACUCGAAGACAUUGUUAAUCGUGAUCGUCUAAAGAGAUGCAUAUGUCAAGAUUUUUCUACUUGA